AUGUCCAACAUUGAGGAAUCCCUUAAAAAAUUGUUCUCUCAUAAGGAUGAUACCAAAUCUGUUGUGUUUGAGUGGGACCACAAGAAUAAAGUGGCCCUAAUCACACAUGAGGGUGUAAAUGGAUUGGAUGAUGUAAAGGCUCAUCUCGAUUCUUCAAAAGUCAUGCUUGGUAUCUUUGCUGUAAAAUCUAUUGAUAAAGAUGAAUCCGUUGAGACUCAAAGAACAUACUAUGUACAAUUACCAUUUGUUGGAGAGAAUGUCAAGCCUUUGUUGAGAAGAGAUUUGAAUUCGUUGCGAAAUGCCAUCACCAAUUCCGUAAAGAGUGGAUUGAAUAUUCAUGUAACCAUGGAGAUUACAAGUGUAGAGGAUAUUAAAAACGUUGAUGAAUUGGAAAAGAGACUUCUCAGUGCCUGUGGAUCUCAUAAACCAAAGGGUUUUCAAUGGUAA